AUGCAAGAGAAGUACGUUGUUUGUGAGGGAAGUCUCCCCAGAUUGGAGGCAUCAGUUGUUCCAUGCAGUAUCAAGCACACAAGGGAGGUGAAAGGGCUUGGAAAUUACUGGAUGGUUGAAAAGAACGCAGACGGCACUUUGGAAUCGUAUCUCAGAGGAAGAAAGUUAAAAGGUAAAGAGCUCCAUUUGAACGGAUACAAGGGAUAUCUCUUACAAAAAGAGAAUAAUGAGGACAAAAUAGAUGAUAAUGUAAAUGUCAAUUACUCAGCAAUUGGCGAAAUCGAAACUUUUCAAAACUUUGGACACGAGAGAAUACCGGAUGCAAAUGAUUCCACUAAUAAGAUUCAAGAAUGGUUGAAAGUAAGCAGCAUAAUUCACGAAUAG